GGCAUCCUGAGCACAAGUUUGCACUCGUAUAACUUGGAUAUCUUCCGCAAACACAGUUUCCAGCUUCAUACACCCCAAGUUCCUCAAUACAAGCCUCAGUCGCAACUUCCACAAUGGCAACCAACAUCACAUGGCAUCCGUCUCUCUCGCGCGAUGAGCGCAACAAGUUCCGCAAGCAAAAGGGCUUUACCAUCUGGUUUACCGGUCUGUCUGCGUCGGGUAAAUCUACCAUCGCAACAGCGCUUGAGCAGCACCUGCUUCACCUGGGCUUCGCCGCCUACCGUCUUGAUGGCGACAACGUUCGUUUCGGGCUCAACAAAGAUCUCGGCUUCACAGAAAAGGACCGCAAUGAGAACAUCAGGCGGAUAGCUGAAGUCGCAAAGCUCUUUGCUGACUCCUCGACCAUCGCCAUCACAUCCUUUAUCUCCCCCUACAAGGCAGACCGCGCACAAGCCCGCGACCUGCAUGCCGUUACCACCGGCACCGACUCUCCUUUGGCCUUCGUUGAAGUUUUCGUAGACUUGCCUCUCGAGGUUGCCGAAGCGCGUGACCCCAAAGGCUUGUACAAGAAGGCAAGAGAGGGCAAAAUUCCGGAAUUCACCGGCAUCAGUGCGCCAUACGAGGCGCCCGAGAAUGCUGAGAUUCACAUCAGAAGUGAUCAGAAGAGUGUGGAGGAUAGUGUAAAGGAGAUUGUAGAGUAUCUGCAGAGCAAGGGAUUGCUGGAACUGCAGAAGUAGAUUGCGAAAACGUCAUGGGAGUUUGACUGAAAAAAUGAGGCAUAACAUCUCACCGUGCUUUCAGUAGUGAAGCGAUGCUACGGGAAUUUGCCUCCAGUUGAAUACGAGAAGAAAGAUGCAGUUUGAAAGCA